AUGGUUCGCCUUGCUCGGAGCGCUCGCGGAUCUGCGCUCGCGUUCUUGGCCGUCGCCAUCACGGCGCUGUGUCAGUUAGGUAUGGAUGGUGCGGAAACCUUUGCAGUUCAAGCCGGGAAGGUGCUUUCACCCGGUGGGCUGGCACUGCAAGGAGUUCUCCUUGAUGUGGAUGGGACCCUCGUAGAGUCGACGGACCUAGCCUUCAGCGCUACCAACGAGGUGCUGGAGAAGUUUGGCUACACCAAAAUCACCGUUGAGGACUAUCAUCGUGGGACAAAAUACACCACCCCUGUUCGCCUUGCAUGGCACGCUGGCCUCUCGGAGACGCCCGAAUCCGACCUGGCUGCCGCCAACGCACUUGGCACGGAGAUGGGGAAGUUAUUCGACAGUACCUAUGUGGCCCUCGUGACGCCAACGACGGUACCCCUUUUUGCAGGCUUUUCCGAUCUACUUGCGGCCCUGGCCGAGAGAGGCAUAAGCAUGGGUGUUUUGUCGAAUGCUGCACGAGAGUACGUGGAAGCUGUGCUCAGUGCCAACAAGCUUUGCAAGUUCUUCCCUGUGCGGCACGGUGCGGACUCUGUUCCGAAGCCAAAGCCUGCGCCCGACGGACUGCUCCAGUGCUGUGCAGAGCUCGGGCAGCUCGAAGCGUCCCAGUACAUCUAUGUCGUGGUUGACUCGGUCGAGGAGUUGACAAAGGACAACAAGAAGCGGUUGACGGAGAUUUCCAACUGGAUGAGUGUUCUCUGUGGCCGGCAUCUGGAGAGGAAUCACGAGACAAUGCUGAUGGCUUAUGAGAAGCGGGUGGUGCGACGUCAGGACAUUGCAAAGAUUCUACACAAUGCGUUGGAGGUCUUGAUUUGUGCUCCUUGCGAUGGUCAAAACAGCUUGUCUGGCUUCCUACUUAAGAUGAUGCGCCUUGCCGUGCUGUUGCUCAUUGCCUUUGCUCAAAGACCUUGGAUGCGUUGGGACGUCGCAUUUGGAGCCGGUGGUUUGGUAGCGGACGUGGUAUCCUUCGGCGCGUAUUCCUCUGCCAAAGCCGCUGCGAAGGUCGCAAAGGCCGUCCGCGCUGGGAAAAAAGGGGAAUCGUUGGUCAAGGCAGCCAGGACUUCCAAAAACUGGGGGACGGCUUCGAGCAUUGCGAACACCGCACUCAAUUGGUUUCAUGGGGCAAAGGACCAGCAUGAUAGGGGAAAGGUCCCCGUUGCGGGCCAUGUCGAAGAGCUUGGACGCGGGCUUGAAAAUCGCAAUGCUUGGGGCGUCGCAUCUGGAGCCGGUGGUUUGAUGGCGGAUGUGGUAGCCUUCGGAGCGUUCUACGAGCGGAUCGCCUGGGUGCAGCUGCAACACCUGCGGGUGGUCGUGGAGAAGCUGUCGAAGCUCCUGGUCGAGCGACAGGAAGAGCUCAAGAUAGCCAGGACAAGACAGGAGCUGCAAAAAGAUGGCAGCCUGACGCAGAGCGAGGCGAUCGAGGAAUGCCUGAAGAAGGGGAAGAUGAAGCACCGCCCAACCGGACUGAUGAUGUUCUUUGCAAAGGAGCUGGGAAAGCCUUUGAAGUGGAUGCGCCAGCGGCACAUGGAUGUGUCCUUUUCCAAAGACCUUGUCUUCUCAGGAAGCGACAGCGUCUCCACGCCUCUCUCGCUGAUGGUGGCCGACAUCACCAACCGAUUCAAGCAGAAGAUGCUGCAGAAGCGCAUGACCUUGAAGGAGGGGAAAGUGGAUGGCUUCGACGAUGUCAGCUCUGCAGAGGAGGAGGCACCAGCGCAAGUGGGCGCUACUGAAGCUGCGGUUGACAUGCCAGAGGCAAGCGCCACUGAGCAAGCCGCUGUCGAGAGCGCGGACGCGAGCUUGCUGGCUGCACCCGGCAAUUGCGGCACGGCACCCUAA